CCCCCUUCUCUUUCUCUCUCUAAUCCUUCAAUCUCUUUCAAGAGUUAGGAUUCAUGUUUGAGUUGUUUCCCAAUCUGUUCUAAAGAGCAGGCUAUCUGUCUCGACCUCUUCUAGAGUUGGGUUGAUCUCUACCUCUCUGUCUCAGUCUCGAUGGCCUCACUCCAUUUUGUCCCACAAUGGAUGCCGAGCUCGACCCCAACACAAUCCCCUAACCCUUUCCUUAGCCACCCUCCCUUCCAACAUGAAUCCGAAGGGCACAUCUCCCUUGAUGAAAUUACUCCGGAACCAUUUCAAAGAAACCCGAGCCUAAGAGUCUCUGACAUUGAGGAAGAUGGAUUGGGCACCAGCAAACGCUUCUUCCACCUCCAUGCACCAGCUCUCCAACCAGGCAAUAUUCUCUCUGAGCCCACUUAUGGGAGAAGUGUCGAAAUUGGCAGGACCAAGCACAAAGUGGAUAUGGAUCCACAAGGCUCGGCUGGUUCUGGUGUGUCACUAACGUGGACCAACCUAUGUGUCGUGGCUCAUGGGAAAAAGGGUGCACGCACAAUUUUAAGGGGGCUCAAUGGGUGCGCCCAAUCAGGCGAGUUUUUGGCUAUCAUGGGUCCAUCAGGUUGUGGAAAGUCGACCCUUCUCGAUGCACUUGCUGGGAGGUUGAGUUCUAAUGUAGUGCAAAUGGGGGAGAUCCUUAUCAACGGUCGGAAACAAGCCCUGGCAUAUGGAACCUCGGCUUAUGUGACCCAGAAUGAUACACUCAUGAGCACUCUAACAGUAUGGGAAGCGGUGUACUACUCAGCCCAGCUCUUGUUGCCAAGCACCAUGUCGAGCUCUCAAAAGAUAGAGAGGGCUGAGAUAACCAUUCAAGAGAUGGGUUUACAAGACGCAAUACACACAAGGAUUGGGGGCUGGGGGGUUAAGGGACUCAGCGGUGGCCAAAAGAGAAGAGUGAGCAUUUGCAUUGAGAUCCUCACGAGACCUAGCCUUCUCUUUCUUGAUGAGCCCACUAGUGGGCUCGACAGUGCUGCGUCUUACCAUGUCAUGACUCGAAUUGCCUGUUUGGCCCGUCAUGAUGAUCGAACUGUGGUUACUUCGAUACACCAGCCUAGUGCUGAGGUCUUCGGCCUCUUCAACACACUAUGCCUCCUCUCCGGUGGGAAGACACUGUAUUUUGGCCAGGCUUCGGAAGCCAAUGACUUUUUUACACUCAAUGGCUUCCCUUGCCCUUCAUUGAGAAACCCAUCGGAUCACUUCCUCCACACCAUCAACACCGAUUUUGACAAGGAUAUUGAACAAGGUUCCGAUGCCGAGGCAACAGAAGCUGGUAAGGCGACUGAUAUCUUAGUCAACUCUUACAAUUCCACCAUUGCCAACCAAGUCUUUGCUCGUGUAGCUGAUAUCUCCAAUAGGGAGGGAGAAGCAUUGACAAGGAAAGGGAGCCAAGCAAGCUUCUUUACACAAGCAUCCACCUUAACAAGAAGAUCUUUUGUGAAUAUGUAUAGGGAUUUCGGUUACUACUGGUUGCGCCUAGCAAUCUACAUUGCGUUGUGCGUGUGCAUAGGUACCAUCUUCUUUGACAUUGGCCACAGCUUUGGCUCUAUUCAGGCGAGAGCAUCCAUGCUCAUGUUUGUUGCAGCAUUCUUGACGUUCAUGGCGAUUGGAGGCUUCCCCUCCUUUGUAGAGGACAUGAAGAUCUUUGGUCGUGAGAGACUAAAUGGGCACUACGGCGUGGGUACCUAUGUGAUCGGGAAUACCCUCUCCUCCACCCCUUACCUCUUCCUCACCUCUCUAAUCCCAGGAGCCAUCGCCUAUUACCUGGUGCACCUUCGAGAUGGAGCUGAGCACUUCCUCUACUUUGCUCUAGUCCUCUUUGUGUGCAUGAUGCUCGUAGAAAGCCUUAUGAUGCUCGUUGCGAGUCUUGUCCCCAACUUCCUCAUGGGCAUCAUCACCGGUGCCGGUAUCCAAGCCAUCAUGAUACUGAACGGUGGCUUUUUCCGACUUCCUAACGACUUGCCUAAGCCCUUUUGGAAGUACCCAAUGUACUACAUCUCAUUCCACAAGUAUGCUAACCAAGGUUUAUACAAGAACGAGUUUGAGGGUCUUACUUUCCCUAAUGGCUAUGUCGGAGGACGAGCCACCAUAACAGGCGAGAGCAUUUUGAGAGAGACAUGGCAAAUGGAGAUGGGGUACUCCAAGUGGGUGGACUUGGGCAUAUUGAUGGGCAUGGUGGUUUUCUAUAGGCUCAUGUUCUUGGGAAUCAUCAAACUUAGCGAGAAGGCAAGGCCGGUGGUGAGGAGCUUUCUGGUUCGGCAUCGCAAGCAAGCGACAAAGGUGUUGGAUCCGAGGCCUUAGUUUCCUUUUGAGUAGAACUCGUAACGAUUCUAUGUCAGCUACAUUAUUGCUCAGAAAAAAUAAAAGAGAAAAGAAAAAAUGAAUCUGUGUUGGUUGCAUGUUAAAGUGAGGUCUGGUUUCAUUGAUCCUCGUUAACAGCGAAGUCAUCAGCUGAUGUUCUUGCGUUCAUCGUUCUCUUCUUCUUUUGUGCAAUGAUGAAAGAGGCUGGUUUUGUAGAAACAUGGAAGUUGGAUCUCUUGGAUAAAUAUAAAGUACGAGGUUGGAUAA